ACGUCUUCUGUUUGUUCCAGGAUGUCUACCCUGCUGUUCUGGCAGGGCAAGGGCAAAGCGAAUGGCGCGCCCAACGGACGAAACUGGAUACACGCGCCCGACGCCCUCGUAAAAGGACAUGUCGCUUAUUUGGUUAAGUUCCUCGGCUGCACACAAGUGGACCAGCCAAAAGGCAUCGAAGUAGUCAAGGACGCCAUCAAGAAGCUGCAGUUCACGCAACAGCUGAAGAAGUCCGAGACGAAAGACGCGGCGAAAUGCAAGAAGGUCGAGAUUACCAUCUCCGUGGACGGAGUCGCGAUACAGGAGCCAAGAACCAACAACAUCAUGUACCAGUUCCCUCUGCACAGGAUAUCCUACUGCGCGGAUGAUAAAGGCGCGAAGAAAUACUUCUCUUUCAUCGCCAAAGGUGCCGCCAACGGAGCAAAUCUCGAGAACGGCCCGGAGAAACACGAAUGCUUCGUGUUCAUUUCCACGAAGCUGGCUUCAGAGAUUACGCUCACCAUCGGUCAAGCCUUCGAUUUGGCUUACAGGCGGUUCUUGAACGACAACGGCAAAUACAUUGAAAUGCAAAAACUCACGCUUCAAAACAAGAAAUUAGAGCUGCAAAUGAACACGUACAAAACCAGAUUACAGGAGCUAUCAAAAAUAACGUACAAAGACGAUUUAUCGGCGUAUCUCGCGCGCAACAGUCUCUCUGACAUCGCGGAGUUCAAGGCGCCCGAACUGCUGGAGAAGCAGCUCGCUUCGCUCACGCUGGCUAACGGGUUCAGCGCGAUGAAUGGGAAUAAGACUCCUGAGUUAGCGACAGACGCGUUGUCGAACAACUCAACGGAGACAUUCAACUCGAGCAACGACAACAAUCUGUUGCUGUCCACUCCGCCGCCUACGCACAAUGGAAAGGUCAACUUCAACUCAGGAAAACUCCUGGGAGAUUUGUCGUCAAGCAAGAACCCCGUAGUAGGCACCAAAUUAGAAGGCCUGCUCCUCAACUCAGACUCAGAUAGUGAUUUUGACCCGCGCGCGUACGAGUCGGAUCCCAUGAGUCCGCCAGCGCACGCCUCAUCGCCUGCGCCCGCGCCUCCGCUCUUGGCUCCACCCCCGAAGGCCUCAAAACGCCAAACGCCGCCGCAACAGCAGCCGCCACAGCACCCCACUCCCCCCCAGACCCUGAACUCCGAUCUAUUCGGCUCUACCCCCUUCUCCCCCCCUCAAACCAUGCCCCAAAUGUCAAGCCCCUUCGCCCAACCCAACAAACCAAACUACGACAUUAGCGAUUUCAACCUACAAACAUCGGUUUUCAACAACACUACGUCGUUCACGAACGGUCUCAGCGGCUACGAUCCUUUCGACACUCAAAAAACCGGCAACAUAUUCGGCAGCGGCUUCGGCAACACGUUCAACGGAUUCGGAAAUCUGAGCGAGAAACAGACGGUGGAGCUCGACAGCAGUUUCAACGGAUUUUUAGACAAAACUAUUUCGGAAAUGAAGGAUGGAUUCAGCAGGGGGAUCACCUUUGGAAACGACGAUUUUUCAAUAGAUAACCUCGAUCCCCUGAAGAAGAAUUAAUUAAAAGUUUAUUUUUUCAUAAAAUAACUUUUAUAAAAUAGUAAAAAAAACUAGAUAAUAAUUGUGAGAGAAUAAAAUCUCGUAUUUAUUCACACAACAUUAUGUAUUAUGUAAAUGCAAUAAAGUAAUAUUUUGAUUUUAAUUAUUAUGAUCGGAUUUAAUUAUGAGAAAUUGUAGUUUUUAAGGGUUGUGUGAAUCGAAACGAUAUUUGCGAAAUAUUUUGGAAAGCUCAUGUGUUGCCAUGUUAUUGGUUACAAAUAUAAUAUUUGAUUAGUUCGUGAUAAUAGAUAAUUAAUAUUUUCUUUAUAAAGUAUGAUAUUUCUUUUCAUGUUGCUUAUAAUCACUUCUUUAAUCAGGAAUCUCAAAAUAAUAUAACCAGUAAUGUGACAAAACAUUGCUGAAUUUUAACGUGGAAAAUAUUAAAAUGAUAUUAAUGUACGAUAUUAUGUAACGCUCAAUGUCAUUCCCCAAGAGUCUUUUAUUAAAAAGAAAUAAAAGAAAAUAAGUAAAAGCCAUUUUGAUUAAUAAAUUAAUUGAAAAGUAUAAGUUUUGUACACGUUUUAAUAUUUCCAGAGCGCCAAAUAAGUAAGUAAAAUACAAAAUCCUCAGUAACAUUUUAGCGAAUCGUGUUUGUAAAGUUUUAUUUAACCAAUAUUUUAGUUUUAAAAUAUGAUUUUGGUAGAUUAAAAUUAAAUUAUAUUAAUGCGAGGACCAAAAUUUACCACGAAAAGUUUGAAGAUCACCUCAUCAUUCUGUGAUAAAUCUCUUCGUUUUUGGGGGACUUCAAAUUACUAAAAAUCGCGACUGAAUAUUAUCUAAAAGACUUCAGAGUGUAAAUAAAUUAACGAAUAAGACCUUUUUUAUAUUUACUAAUAUACAUUAAACCGGGUGGCAUUGAAGCUAAAGGGUCAACACUUAUACAUUCCAUUUUUUACAGUUUGCCAUUUUGAUCAUGCCUUUUGGCUGUUUUUAUACAACUUAUACGAAUUAACUUUGUAAAUAAGAUCUACGAUAAAUGUAUUCAAGCUUGAGUGUACUUGACGAAUAAUACUGUCUGAAAUUCUCUCCAUUGAAAUCUCACACAUACAAAUUAUUGAACAUAAAAAUAAAUAUUCAAU